AGAGGUCAGAGGGGCCCCUGAGGGCGCUCGGACUCUGCCCGUUGGUUCGUUUGCUCUCGGGUGGAAGUCUCGAGCCCCCCCCCCCCGGGUCCAGGCUGCGGGGCUGUUGCCACAUCGACCUUGUGCUUCAAAGCUCACCCCCGCGACCCCGUUGCUGCCUCUGGAGCGCUGUUCUGGGGAAGGCCCUGGUGAGGUUGGUGGGGCGGUGCAGGACGACGAACCCGGUGUUAUUUGAAACGGUUGGGACUAAGAGAGGUGACGGUGUGUGGUAUCGCUCAGACCAUUUAUCGGAACUACCUAGGAGGACUUUGCUAUCUGGAGCGGGGUCCGACUGGCCCACGAGACUGUUCCCCGCUUAUGGGGUGGCCGAGGUGUAGGAGAAACCCCUGGAAUUCCGGGAGGCCUCAGGAAUCACCUUAUUCACCAUUACCGCCUGUGCAGACGUUCAUCACACUAUUGUUUGAACAUUUCAGGGCUAUUUUCCUUAUGGUUUCAGCUGAGAAAGAGUUGGAAGUUUUUCAGAAGAAACGCCUAUGUAAAAAAUAACAGAAAAGUUCCACUAGUAACCAAAAAUCCCCAGCAACAAAUGUAACUACAGAGUACAACUCUUCCCCGCCACACCACCAGUCGUAAACAAAGUGAUUAGUUACCAGUUCACAGCCAGUUACAUUUCUUCUCUGUAAUCCUAGCUGGAGAUCCACCCCAGGUGUCUUAUUUAAAACCUUGCUCAUUAGUGCUCCUACCCUUUUGCUUUCAGAACUUCCCAAUAACACUCUACAUUCUAGAAUUGUCUUUUUCCAUUUGAUGGGGUGGCUCCGAUCCAUUCCUACCACAAAAUGCUUGCUUUAUUCCCCUUUGGUCUUAAAAAUGUUCUCCCCCUUCCUUGCUUGAAAUUUAGUUCACUAUCCCGGUGCCUUGGAUGACUUGCUUCGUGACUCUGAUAACCGGUUUUAGCUUAUGGUACAGUUGACCUGAUCGUAGUUGACCGUGUUUGAGAUCGCUCUCAAAGACAGCUGUCCUGAUUCCUUCUAUCUGCAGUGUCUUCCCCAGCCUCCAAUGAAUAGGUGUUUGGAGAGUACUUGGUAGGGAUAUGGAACUGCAAGGAGGGAGCGGACAGGUAUGUAGGGACCCGUAUUAAAAUGUGAAUAAUUGCCCUAGGGAAAAGCAACCCUGUUGGUCAUACUUCAGUCUAAACUACUUUAUUCAUAAUUCUAUUUGUAAAAAUCAGCAACAUUUGGGGAAUGGGACUUUUCUUUCGGGGUGGGGAGAGUUGCCAGGGUGACGAUUUCCGAUGGUGGGUUUAUAAGGCCCUGCGGCCGCGUGGCAGGUAGGAGCAGCAGAUCACUGAAUUGGGUGGCUCCCAAACAGGCUAUUCUCCCCAUUUAUGUCUGGAAGCCUGAGAGUGGGCACAGAAGCCGCUGGAGAUUGUUUCAAAGGCAAUAAACCUUGGCUUCCUACGUAGUAGUCAGUUUUCUCCCACCCAGGCUUGGCUGGUCGCCGUGUCAGCUCACCGUCUCGCUUCCAACUUUCCCUUUAUCAGUGGUGGAGAGGAAAGAGAAAUGUUUACAUGGCCGACUGCUUUAUUUCUGUAUGUUUAAUGCUCAAGCUUAUUGGACUCUUGACACCCAUUUUCAGUGAACUGCAGUUGUUUACUACGUGUUGAAAUUGUUCAGAAAGUGGCCAGGGAGGAUCCAAGACUGGAAAUGCCUGGCACUUGGCAAAGUUCAGGGAAAGGAUGGAAUCCUGGCUCUACAUUACUUGCUAAGUAACUGUGGCAAAUAACUUAACCUAAGAAACCCAUUUUCUCGUGAUAGCAACGACUUUUUAUGGUGGUUGUGAGGAUUAAACAAAGCAAUCCAUGGACAGCAGCACUCAGCUCUGAGUAAUCAAGUCAGAGGAUUAUAUGACUUUUAUCUGCCUAGAGAAGAACUAUGGAUCUACAACAUGGAGACUGGAAGAUGGAAAAAAAUUAACACUGAAGGGGAUGUUCCUCCUUCUAUGUCAGGAAGCUGUGCUGUGUGUGUAGAUAGAGUGCUGUACUUGUUUGGAGGACACCAUUCAAGAGGCAAUACAAAUAAGUUCUACAUGCUGGAUUCAAGGUCUACAGACAGAGUGUUACAGUGGGAAAGAAUCGAUUGCCAAGGAAUUCCUCCAUCGUCAAAGGACAAACUUGGUGUCUGGGUAUAUAAAAACAAGUUAAUAUUUUUUGGAGGAUAUGGAUAUUUACCUGAAGAUAAAGUAUUGGGAACUUUUGAAUUUGAUGAAACAUCUUUUUGGAAUUCAAGUCAUCCAAGAGGAUGGAAUGACCAUGUACAUAUUUUAGACACUGAAACAUUCAUCUGGAGCCAGCCUAUAACUACUGGUAAAGCACCUUCACCUCGUGCUGCCCAUGCCUGUGCAACUGUUGGAAACAAAGGUUUUGUGUUUGGAGGCAGAUAUCGAGAUGCUAGAAUGAAUGAUCUUCACUAUCUUAAUCUGGAUACAUGGGAGUGGAAUGAAUUAAUUCCACAAGGCAUAUGCCCAGUUGGCCGAUCUUGGCACUCACUAACACCAGUUUCUUCAGAUCAUCUUUUUCUCUUUGGAGGAUUUACCACUGAUAAACAGCCUCUAAGUGAUGCCUGGACUUACUGCAUCAGUAAAAAUGAAUGGAUACAGUUUAAUCAUCCCUAUUCUGAAAAACCAAGGUUAUGGCAUACAGCUUGUGCCAGUGAUGAAGGAGAAGUAAUUGUUUUUGGUGGGUGUGCCAACAAUUUGCUUGUCCAUCACAGAGCUGCACACAGUAAUGAAAUACUUAUAUUUUCAGUUCAACCAAAAUCUCUUGUACGGCUAAGCUUAGAAGCAGUCAUUUGCUUUAAAGAAAUGUUAGCCAACUCAUGGAACUGCCUUCCAAAACACUUACUUCACAGUGUUAAUCAGAGGUUUGGUAGUAACAACACUUCUGGAUCUUAAGGCUUCAUGGAUAAUGCCUCUGAUAACCUUGCAUGGACAGCAGACCUGUAAACGUCAGAGUGGCAUCAUUUGUAUAAUUACAUGCAUUGUUGUAGUUUGCAGCUUUUUGGUUUUAAUGUGCAUGUGAAUGGCCUAGAGAACCUAUUUUUGUGUCUACAAUAAAUGUACUUAACACCA